CAGCAGCCGUUUGACUACCGCCAUUAUUUGUGAGAGUGUUUGCUUUUGAAAAAACACUUCGAAAUGCCUCGUCCUAGGGGUCCUAAACCUAGAGUCCGUCAAGAAACGCAGGAGGGAGGAGAGGUCGAUGAGAACAUCGCACCUAAAAGUCCCAGUGCUGGUCCCUACCAGUGCGGGGUACCAACUUGCUCCCAGGAAUUCAACAGGUGGAAUCAACUCAAGCGACAUGAGCGUAACCAUGAAAGUGACAAACCACAUCGUUGUGAUAAAUGCACAGCAUCGUUCAACUUGGAGUAUAACUUGAUGUUGCAUAAAUCAACGCAUACUACGGAGAAACCACAGUGUCCCGACUGCCAUAAAACUUUCUCGCGUAUAGCGAGUCUUAAAGCGCAUAUUAUGCUCCACGAGAAAGAAGAGAAUUUAAUGUGUGCAGAGUGUGGGGACGAGUUUAGCCUUCAGAGCCAGCUUGAUAAACAUCUAUCCGAGCAUAGGGAAGAAGCCGCUGGAUCUGCUGUCUACCCCUGUAAAUUAUGCACAAGGGAGUUCAACAUGGGCUACCUUCUUAAAGAACAUAUGAAGACACACCAGAAGACCAGGACCAAAGUUACUGGUGAUCAGUUGCCAGUCAAACGUAGUUUGGAUCGUAGUCUGUUCAGGCAAGAAUGUGAGUUCUGUUUCAAGACGUUCAAGAAACCGAGCCAGCUAGUCCGUCAUAUGCGCAUCCAUACAGGAGAGCGGCCCUUCCAGUGUGACGUCUGCAAUAAGGCAUUCAACCAGAAAGGCUCCUUGCAAAUCCACAUGACAAAACACACCGGCGAUAAACCGCAUAAAUGCGACUUCUGUCCGUCCGUUUUCUCUCAGAAGGGCAAUCUGCGUGCGCAUAUAGCUCGCGUUCACGAAGUCAAUAAGGAGGUUGCUAUGUAUCCCUGUGAGUCAUGCACCUGUUCGUAUCGUAAACUCGGAAGUCUCAACGCUCACAUAACUCGCGUACACGGAGGAUUAGUGAGCAGUGAGGAUAAAGAAGAAGAGGCACCUACGACAACCUUGGGAACGGGGACAGCAACUCUACAGCUUGACGGCACUAUGUUAUCAUCCAGUAUGGUCAGUGACGUCAUCCAGCAGCUGCUUGAAAUCUCUGAGCAUUCGGAGGAGCACUCCUACGCCCAUCAACAGAUCCAACAGCUGGCUAUGGGAGCAACUUGCAACAUCAGUUCUGAUAUCUUACAACAAGCCCUUGAGAAUUCUGGACUUUCAAAUGAUAAACAGCCUGGUCAGGAGGGAAAGACGGAUUCGCCCGCAAUAGCCAACCGUGCAGCAGUAGCGGAACUACUUCAAAAGCAGAAGAGUCUGCGCUUAAGAUGUGGGAGGCUCCAUUCUUGUAAAUAUUGUAGUAAGACCUUUAAGAAACCCAGUGAUCUUGCGAGGCAUAUAAGGAUCCAUACAAGAGAGAGACCUUUCAAGUGUACUCAGUGUUUCCGUAGCUUCACGGUCAAGAGCACGAUGACGGCGCAUCUGAAAACACACACAGGCGUGAAAGAGUACAAGUGCCACGUCUGCAACAAGUUGUUCUCCACGCACGGAAGUUUAAAAGUUCAUCUUCGUUUGCAUACCGGAGCCAAACCGUUUGAAUGCCCUCACUGCGAUAAGAAGUUCCGUACGACCGGACAUCGCAAGACGCACAUAUCCUCCCAUUUCAAGGAGAAUUCUCUUCGGAGAUUAAAACCGAACCGACAGCGACCUUCUAAACCUCCCAGACCAGAGAUAGAGCUGCCCGAUGUUCAGCUUCAGGAACCCAUACUGAUUACAGACACUGGUCUUAUUCAACAGCUCCCAAGAAACAGUGCAAUGUAUAACAACGAAUACAUUGGUAAUACUAUCCACCAUGGAGUCAGUAGUAUUGAUCGGCCGUACAAAUGCGGCUACUGCGCUAAGAGCUUCAAGAAAUCCAGUCAUUUAAAACAGCAUGUCCGCUCCCACACUGGAGAGAAACCAUUUAGAUGUCUUCAAUGCGGCAAGUCGUUUGUGUCUACUGGCGUCUUGAAGUCACACAGUCGCACCCAUUCUGGGAUUAAAUCAUACAAGUGUUUGAUUUGUACCACUACGUUCACGACCAACGGCAGCCUGAAGCGUCAUAUGUCUACUCACAGCGAGGUCCGGCCAUUUAUGUGUCCCUAUUGUCAGAAGACAUUCAAGACGUCGGUCAACUGUAAGAAGCACAUGAAGACGCAUCGACGUGAGUUAGGUCUGCAAGCUCUUGAGCAGGUAUCGUCAGCUGAAGGUUCGGGACAGAGUGGGGAUAAUCAACAGGCACAGAUACAACCUCAACCUACGUCUCAGCAGAGCAUUGUAGACCAACUGGCUGCUGUUACCGCUGCCCAGAACCAAGCAUCAUUACUGGGCCAGCUGAACAACCAGACUCACGAGGUUCUGAGACAAGCUAAUCUAGAAUCCGGAGAGGCUAACCUAUCCUCGCAAGCCCUUGCACAGAAUACACUCACCCAGUCCAAUCUAGAUGCCCUAGCAGCGCAUGAUAAUCUCACUCAUGCAACGAUUAAUGGUCAGACGUUCAUGCUUACACAACAACUGGCCACCUUGGCCAAUAGUCACCACUCAGGAUUGACUCAAGAACAACAGAUAAGUCUACAGACUCAGCAGAUUCAGCAGCAGUUAGAAGCCAUUACUGGCCAAUCGGGAAUAUUCCAGCCGACUGUUAUAAAUGUAAGUCAACCGGAACAACCGCCUCCACAGACGGUGAACCAACGGAUGCGAAUGCUACGUGCAGGAAUGGAGGAUGUGAAGCGUACAUACAGAUGUGGUUAUUGUAAUAAAGCAUUCAAGAAAUCUAGCCAUUUAAAGCAGCAUAUAAGGUCCCACACAGGUGAGAAACCUUACGCCUGUAUUCAGUGCGGACGCUCUUUUGUAUCAUCUGGGGUGCUGAAGUCUCAUCAGAGGACACACACUGGAAUCAAAGCAUACAACUGUGACGUUUGUAACACGACUUUCACAACGAAUGGAUCUCUCACCAGACAUAUGACCAUCCACAGUGAUGUCCGUCCGUACGACUGCUCAAACUGCGGGGAAUCCUUCCGAACAGCUAUUCACCUGAAACGCCAUGUAAGGUCUGUCCAUGAGGAAGCUGAGCGCGGGCAGGGUGUCGACGGGCGACGACCAAGAAACGUGGUCGUCUUCACUGAGGAAGAGACCAAGGAACUGAGCAAGAGUUUACCGCCUCGUAAUGCUAGUGUAUCUGAGAAGGUUCUUAUUCAAGAAGUCUUGGAGAAAGAUCGUAUCAGUGAGAUUCAGGACAAGAACGAGCUCUUGGAGAAGGGACCGAAGUUUGCGCAUAAAUGUGAGCAUUGUCCUAAGAGUUUCAAGAAGCCCAGUGAUCUGGUGAGACACAUUCGUACUCACACUGGCGAGAGACCUUUCAAAUGCGACGAAUGCUGCAAAACCUUUACCGUCAAAUCGACCCUUGAUUGCCACAUGCGAACGCAUCGAGGAGGAAAGAGUGUUACGUGUCAUAUCUGCAACACCGUCUUCGCUACAAAGGGGAGUCUUAAAGUCCACAUGCGUCUUCAUACAGGCUCAAGACCAUUCAAGUGUCCACACUGUGAUGAACGGUUCAGAACAUCGGGAUCGAGGAAGAUGCAUAUUAUGGCCCACUUCAAACCUAUCCAGACCAAGAGAGUAAGCAAGACUGUUCAAAGAUCUGCAACAACAAAUGCCAUUCAGCAAUACAAUAUAGCCGACAGCAGUAACGCAGUCGUUAAUACUGGUAUAGAAGAGACUGAACCAAUGAUACAACAGCAGCAACAGGCGUUUGUGAGCCAGCCUCAAGUGCUGCCAAUCACAGUGGCCGGCAAUGAAGCUCUGUCGUUUGGAGAUAAUGCAAUCGGAGCUACGGUUCUACAGGGAUUAGAAGGUCUGCAACUACAGCUCACGGCCACGAAUCUCGGUCAGAGUCUACAACUUCAUGGAAUCGAUCAGAGCAUCACCGUUCAGAUCGAUCCGAGUCUACUCCAACAACUCCAACACGGAAGCUUGAAUCCCAUCAUGCUACAGACCGGAGACUUGAAUCUGGGGCAGAUAGGAUUGCAGUUGCCCCAGGGCGAUCAGGUAAUGGGAACAGCUGCCCCUGAACAAACUCUCCCUCAGUCCGUCUUCUCUCAAGGAACUGAUCCACAGCAGUCUAACCUUCUAGUGCGUAUAGACUCUAAUCUCCUACAGCAGGUUGAUAAUCCACCCGUAGUGAGUGAUACAAAUGAAGCUACAUCAGUUACCCUGGACCCUGCAUUGAUUACUCCUACCCAACCACAGGAUCUGCCCAUCCUAACAACGGCUCUCAGUUCAAACUCACUGCAACCUUCAACGUCCAGUAUCCUGAUGACCCCAACCAUGUCAAGUGUAUCGAUACCUCAAGCUCUAAAUCUCAGCACUGUGACCAGCGUAGCGGGAGCUUUACCUGAAGACCUGUCGCAACCUGUCCAACAGAUGACAACUCACAAGCAACCUCAGACUAGUCUAGCCGCGUUGGAUCACACGUCAGCCCCGAUCACCUCAAUGGUCACUACUCAACAACCCUCCGUCAUCAGCUCUCAGACCGAUCCGAUUAUUAAUGAGAUGUUGCAGAAUGUACAGGACAAGAGAACGAUCAACCUCGGCGAUUCCACUCUCGCGAAUAACCCAGCUGUGGAUCAACAAACAUUUCAACUAACCCUCGGCGGGGAGACGUUGAAUCUCUCCCAGAACAUCGUGUUACAGUCCGGCAUGGGAGGCAUGACAGGCGCCUCCAAUCAAACGUUGAACCAAGCUUUAGAGGCAACGGCAACGGCUCUGAAUCAAGCAUUAGGAGUGACGGCAACCUCAAACCCAAAUACUGUAGAUGUCUUAAAAGUCAACAUUUAUCAAGAUCCGGAUCAGGAUGCAGCCGGUAAAGCGAUGACAUAGGACGGUGGUGUAGGA